UUGACUUAGUUGGCGGAGCCUCAGCUGAGGUUUCGCUUCCCUGGCCGCCCCUUCUUUUCUUCCCUUUCUUCCCCCUCCCUUCACAUGACCGGCAGCUGGGCUCCCUCGCUAAGAGGGCCGCGGAGGAGGGGAGGAUAAGAGGAGGAGCCGGGUGGGACGGACGGAGCCGAGGAAUAAGUGACGCCGGCGGAGCAGAAGGCGCACGCAGGCAGGGCAGAGGGACCGUAUAAGACGCUGGGAAGCGGUGCGUUGGUUUUUUUACUACUCCGUUCUCCUUAGCCUCUCGGUGCGGGCUUCUUCCUUAAUUUUUUUCCCUUGACUGAAGAGGAAGAAACAAAAAAAAGCAAGAUGGGCGUGGAAGGUGGGAUGAAAUGUGUUAAAUACCUGAUGUUUUUCUUCAACUUUAUAUUCUGGCUCUGCGGAAUUGCUCUGAUUGCCCUGGGGAUUUGGGUACAAAUCGAGCUCAAAAACACGCUGACAAUGACCAGCUCAACAUCCACUACUGCUGUUCCUAUUGUCAUUUUGUCCGUGGGCGUCAUAGUGUUCUUCAUCUCCUUCCUUGGUUGCUGCGGGGCAGCGAAAGAGAACUACUGCAUGGUCACCACGUUUGCUGUCCUGUUGACUUUAAUCUUCCUGGUGGAGAUUGCAGCUGCCAUUACAGGAUACAUCUAUAAAGACAAGGUCCAAACAGUGAUUAAAAACGAAAUCGAGCAAGAAAUGAAUCAUUACAACCAAACAUACGUGAAAAAAGCUUUGGAUGGAUUGCAGAAGAAAUUCUCCUGCUGUGGAAUCAACAGAUAUAGUGACUGGUUUAAUGUCACAGACAUUAAGCCUGGAAAAGUACCUGCUUCCUGCUGCAGGAAUGCCACGGACUGUACCAAAAAUCCAACGCCUGAGAAUACUUUCGAAGAGGGUUGUGUGAAAAAAAUAGAAGAUUGGCUGCGGAAACACAUCGUGAUCGUGGCUGCGGUUGCGUUGGGCAUUGCCUUCUUUGAGCUCCUGGGCAUCAUUUUUGCCUGUUGCCUCAUGAAAGGAAUCCGCAGUGGCUAUGAGGUCAUGUAACCGUUUCUGUUCCUGUACAUCUGGCUCUUAUGAGGCCCAAUCACAAAGCUCUGGAAUACUUUCAUCACCAUUUCUGGGGAUACAGUUGUCCAUCAUGUGCCAAUGGGACAGGGUUGGGCGGAUGCCUCUUCUUCUGUUGCCUGUUAGGAAAAAUAUAUGCUGCCCUCAAAGGAUUCAUAUGUUGCCUUAUCUCUCUCUCUCUCUCUUUUUUCCUCUCCCAUAAUGGGCAGGUUUUAAGUCCAUUCCUUGCACCUCACUGCAACUCCUAGACCUUGCAUUAUCCUUCAGGUGAGACUUUUGUGCCACCUAGUGGACAUCUGGUGAUAUGUUCCUAGUGCCCUUAAUAGAUGUGAGCCAACAUCUUUAAAGACAUUAUUCUAUCUUACAAGUCCUUUCAAGUAGACUUUCUUAUGUGUUCAGCUAUAUUUCUCUUUUCCUUUGGAAAGGUAAACUCUUGAUUCUAUAUAGGUUAUAAUGAGAAGGAAAAUUGUCAGGGCUAAUAUUUUUAGUCAGUAAUUCACUAUUUGGAAAAUAAAAGAUAUUAUUUCACCCA